GCGUGCCCAGCCCCGAGCGCGUUCCCGCACUCCCGCGCCGCUGGCUGCGAGCGCUCAGAUCCUGGCCGCCGCCGCAGCCCUUUCAGGCAGGGGACAGCGUCCGGCCCUAAGCCCCGCGCCUGGCCCGGGCUCGGUUCCCGCGCCCAACCGUGUCUAGCCCCGCAAUCGCCUAUUCUCUCUCUCUCUCUCUCUCUCUCUCUCUCUCUCCCUCUCUUCUCUCUCUCUCUCUCUCUCUCUCUCUCUCUCUCAUCACAUGUCCACCUAGACCCUGGCCAGUCAUCGGCGUCCCCUGCCUCAGUGUCCCCACCCUCCGCACCCUAAGUUGCACCCCAGCGUCCAGCGAGGGGUCGCGGACCAGGCUGGAGAUGCGAAUCCUGCAGCGCUUCCUCGUGUGCAUCCAGCUACUGUGCGUGUGUCGCCUGGAUUGGGCUUAUGGAUACUACAGACAACAGAGAAAACUUGUUGAAGAGAUUGGCUGGUCCUAUACAGGAGCACUAAAUCAAAAAAACUGGGGAAAGAAAUAUCCAACAUGUAAUAGCCCAAAGCAGUCUCCUAUUAAUAUUGAUGAAGAUCUUACACAAGUCAAUGUGAAUCUUAAGAAACUGAAAUUUCAGGGGUGGGAAAAAGCAUCCUUGGAAAACACGUUCAUUCACAACACUGGGAAAACAGUGGAAAUAAAUCUCACUAAUGACUACUAUCUCAGUGGAGGACUUUCAGAAAAGGUAUUCAAGGCAAGCAAAAUAACUUUUCACUGGGGAAAAUGCAAUGUGUCGUCGGAAGGGUCAGAGCACAGUUUGGAAGGGCAGAAGUUUCCUCUUGAGAUGCAAGUCUACUGCUUUGAUGCGGAUCGAUUUUCAAGUUUUGAGGAAGCAGUUAAAGGAAAGGGGAGGCUGAGGGCUUUAUCUGUUUUAUUUGAGGUUGGAAUGGAAGAAAAUUUGGAUUUCAAAGCCAUUAUUGAUGGAAUUGAAGGUGUUAGUCGUUUUGGGAAGCAGGCUGCCUUAGAUCCGUUCAUCCUGCAGAACCUUCUGCCAAACUCCACUGACAAGUAUUACAUUUACAACGGCUCACUGACAUCUCCUCCCUGCACAGACACCGUGGAAUGGAUUGUUUUUAAGGAUACAGUUAGCAUUUCCGAAAGCCAGCUGGCUGUAUUUUGUGAAGUUCUCACAAUGCAACAGUCUGGCUAUGUCAUGUUGAUGGAUUACUUACAAAACAAUUUCCGAGAACAACAGUACAAGUUUUCCAGGCAGGUGUUUUCCUCCUACACGGGCAAAGAAGAGAUUCACGAAGCAGUGUGCAGCUCAGAACCAGAAAAUGUGCAGGCUGACCCUGAAAACUACACCAGCCUUCUGGUCACGUGGGAAAGACCUCGAGUUGUUUAUGACACCAUGAUUGAGAAGUUUGCUGUUCUGUACCAGCCGCUGGAGGGCAACGACCAAACCAAGCAUGAGUUUUUAACAGAUGGCUAUCAGGACUUGGGUGCUAUUCUCAAUAACUUACUACCUAACAUGAGUUACGUUCUCCAAAUAGUGGCCAUAUGCACUAAUGGCUUAUAUGGGAAGUACAGUGACCAGCUGAUAGUUGACAUGCCUACUGAGGACACUGAGCUUGAUCUAUUUCCUGAGCUAAUUGGAUCUGAAGAAAUCAUCAAGGAGGAAGAAUAUGGAAAAGAUAAUGAAGAAAACACUGGCUUGAAUCCCAGUAGAGACAGUGCCACAAAUCAAAUAAGGAAAAAAGAACCCCAGGUUACUACCACAACUCACUACAAUCACAUAGGGACUAAAUAUAACGAAGCGAAGACUAACAGAUCUCCAACAAGAGGAAGUGAAUUCUCUGCAAAGAGUGAUGUUCUCCACACAUCUCUGAAUUCAACUUCCCAACAAGUUGCUGAAUCAGAUACAGAAGAAGAAAUGUCCUUGCCUUCUCAGACUGGAACUAAGCUGCCACAGCAAGGUGUGGAAAGUACUUCAGCCUCCUUAAAUGAUGGAUCUAAAACUCUCUUUGUCUUCCCGCAGAUGAACUUGUCUGGGACUGCAGAAUCUCUAAACAUGGUUUCCAUAACAGAGUACCAAGAGUUGUCCACUGACAUUGGCGAGGAAGAAAACUUAUUGACCGAUUUCAGGCUUGAUAGGGGAGACGAUUCUUCAGGCUCCAUAUCCCAUGGAUAUAUAUCUUCUUCAGAAAUGCCUGAUGCAAUCAUCUACAACGUUCUAAAGCCAGGAUCUACAAGAAGUGCUCCAGAGGAUUCAGCUGCGUCAGGCUCAGAAGAGUCACUGAAGGGUCCCUCUCCUGACGAGAGUGUGUGGUUUCCUGGUUCCGCAGAUCUAACCACUCAGCCUGAGACUGGAUCUGGCAGAGGGAGCUUCCUCCAGGUUAACUCCACAGACCUACGUGUUGAUGAAUCUGGGGAGACAACUGAGUCGUUUUCUCCGGGUGCCACGGUGUCACAGGGCCCUUCAGUCACAGAUACGGAAAUGCCACAUUAUUCUACCUUUGCCUACCUCCCAACCGAAGUCACACCGCAUGCUUUCACGCCGUCCUCCAGACCACUUGAUUUGGCUCCCACUCUCAACGUACUCCACUCACAGACAACUCAACCCGUAUACAAUGGUGAGACACCUCUUCAACCUUCCUACAGUAGUGAAGUCUUUCCUCUAGUCACCCCUUUGUUGCUUGACAAUCAGACCCUCAGCACUACCCCCGCUGCUUCGAGUAGUGAUUCGGCCUUGCAUGCUACGCCUGUAUUUCCCAGUGUUGGUGUAUCGUUUGAAUCCACCCUGUCUUCCUAUGGCGGUGCAUCUUUGCCCCCAUUUUCCUCUGCUUCCUUCAGUAGUGAACUGUUUCGCCACCUGCAUACGGUUUCUCACACCCUUCCACAAGUUCCUUCAGCUGCUGAGAGGGACACGCUGUCUUUGCAUGCUUCUCUGCUGGUGGCUGGGGGUGAUGUGUUGCUAGAGCCCAGCCUUGGUCAGUACUCUGCUGUGGUGUCGCAUCAGGCCACCGCUCACGCUGCUGCUUCAGAGACGCUGGAAUUUGGUAGUGCAUCCGCUGUCCUUUAUAAAGCAUCUAUGGUUUCUCAAAUCGAGUCAACCAGCAGCGAUGUCUUUAUGCAUGCUUAUUCUUCAGGGCCUGAAGCUUCCCAUGCCUUUGAGGGCUCCCGCCACGUGCUCACUGUUUCUUCCAGUUCUGCAAUACCCGCGUAUGAGUCUGUCGGUGUAGCCGAUCAGGGGCCCUUACGUAUCAGUCCUAGCCAUACCCUAAUGCCUGGGUCCUCACUUGUUACUCCAACUGCAUCACUACUGCAGUCUCCUACUGCCCUCUCUGGUGAUGAGGAGUGGUCUGGAGCAUCCUCCGAUAGUGAAUUGCUUUUACCUGACACAGAUGGGCUGAGAACUCUUAACAUUUCUUCACCUGUUUCUGUAGCUGAAUUUACAUACACAACAUCUGUGUUUGGUGAUAAUGUUAAGCCGCUGUCUAGAAGUGAAGUGAUGUAUGGGAAUGAGACUGAACUGAAAGUGUCUUCUGUCAGUGAGAUGGGGUACCAUUCUGAAAGCACAAGCAUGCCAAAGAUGUCUGCUGUUGUAGAUAAGUGGGAUACAGCUUUCCAAGAAACCUCCGUUCCUACUUCUAGUAUAAAUGGCAUGUUGCCAGAGUCUCUUGCUUAUCCCCUCACUAAGGUUUUUGAUCAGGAGAUUAGUCACGUUCCAGAAAAUCACUUCCCAGUUCACCCUGCACACACUACAUCUCAAGCACUUGGUGAUACUUGGCUUAAACCCACGCUUAGCGCAAACACAGAGCCAGCCUUCUCUGACCCUGCUCCCAGUGAAGUAUUACAUCCUUCAACACAGCCCUCGCUCUCUGAGGCCGCGUCUCCUUUUAAUACUGAAGCGUUGCUGCAACCUUCCUUUCAGGCUUCUGAUGUUGACACCUUGCUUAAAACUGCUCUUCCAUCUGUGCCUAGUGCUCCAGCGUUGGCUGAAACCGCCAAGGUUGAACAAAGCAGCUCUUCCAUGGGGCAUCCCAUGGCAUCAGAGUCUGCUUGGAGCGGAAGCACGCUGCACUUUGCCUCUGCACCCGUCCUUGACUUGUCACCUUCUAAUACGCACUCCACUUCACUUCGAGGUUUAACAGUUCCCUACACACGUGAGAAAUACUCUGAACAAGGUUUGCGUAAGAGCACAAGUCCCCAGCAAGUGCUGUCGUCUUUGUACAGUAACGAUGAGCUGUUCCAUACUGCACAUCCGGACAGUAGCCAGGCCUUUCCUCCGCAGGAGGGGCGUGCAUUUGCUACUCCUGUUAUUUCGAUUGAUGGGCCACAAAAUACACUUCUAAACAGGCUUGUGUAUUCUGAGGAAGUUUCCAUGCUUACUGAAACUUCUAGUACUGAUAAGGUACUUGCUGGCCUACCAACGCUUGUUUCUGAUGUCCUUGUGGCUACUGACCAUUCUGUUCCAUUAGGAAGUGGGUCCAUUUCCAUUUCAGCUGUUUCCCCCAGCAGAGAUGUCGCUGUGACCACAGCCAAGUUGCAUCUUCCUUCUAAAUCCACUUCUAAACUGACUCAUAGUGCCAGCUCUGAUGCUGAUUUAGUGGGAGGUGAAGACGGCAAUGACUAUGAUGAUUAUGAUGGCAUAGAUAGUGAUCGCUUUCCCAUAAAUAAGUGUAUGUCAUGCUCACCCUAUAGAGAAUCACAAGAAAGGGUAAUGAACGACACAGACAUCCAGGAAAAUAGUCCUGUGGGUCAGAGUGACCCAAUUUCCCAUUUGCUAUUUGAGACUCCUGAAGAAGAAAAUGGAGGUGCAGGGGUAACUAGUGUGGACAAAAGUCCUGAUAAAUCACCACCAACAAGUAUGCUCCCCCAGAAGAACAAGGAGGGGAAAGAGGACAGUAACAUUCCGAUGGGCAGUGCUGUCCCUCCUCUCACCCCAGAAUCUAAAGCCUGGAGAGUUUUGACAAGCGAUGAAGAGAGUGGGUCAGGGCAAGGCACCUCAGAUAGCCUCAGUGAUAACGAGACUCCCGCAGAUUUCAGUUUUCCAGAUGUUAACGAAAAGGAUGCUGAUGGUGUCCUGGAAACAGACGACACAGGCAUAGCUCCUGGAUCUCCACGGUCCUCCACACCAUCUGUUAAUAGUGGGCACUCAGAAGUAUCCAACAGUUCAGAGGCAGAGGCCAGUAAUAGUAGCCAUGAGUCUCGUAUUGGUCUAGCUGAGGGGUUGGAAUCUGAGAAGAAGGCCGUUAUCCCCCUUGUGAUCGUGUCAGCACUGACUUUUAUCUGUCUAGUGGUUCUUGUUGGUAUUCUCAUCUACUGGAGAAAAUGCUUCCAGACUGCACACUUUUAUUUAGAAGACAAUACAUCCCCUCGAGUAAUAUCUUCACCACCAACACCCAUCUUUCCAAUUUCAGAUGAUAUUGGAGCUAUUCCAAUAAAACACUUUCCAAAACAUGUUGCAGACUUACAUGCAAGUAAUGGGUUCACUGAGGAAUUUGAGACACUGAAAGAGUUUUACCAGGAAGUGCAGAGCUGUACUGUUGACUUAGGUAUUACAGCAGACAGCUCCAAUCACCCAGACAACAAGCACAAGAACAGAUACGUCAAUAUUGUAGCCUAUGAUCAUAGCAGGGUUAAGCUUGCACAACUUGCUGAAAAAGAUGGAAAGCUGACUGACUACAUCAAUGCCAAUUAUGUUGAUGGCUACAACCGGCCAAAGGCCUACAUUGCUGCCCAGGGUCCACUGAAGUCCACAGCAGAAGAUUUCUGGAGAAUGAUAUGGGAGCAUAAUGUGGAAGUCAUCGUUAUGAUAACAAACCUUGUGGAGAAAGGAAGAAGAAAAUGUGACCAGUACUGGCCUACUGAUGGUAGUGAAGAAUAUGGAAGCUUCCUAGUCAACCAGAAGAAUGUUCAGGUGCUUGCUUACUAUACUGUGAGGAAUUUCACCCUAAGAAACACAAAGAUAAAAAAGGGCUCCCAGAAAGGAAGAUCCAGUGGGCGCCUAGUCACGCAGUACCAUUACACUCAGUGGCCUGACAUGGGCGUUCCGGAGUACUCCUUGCCAGUGCUGACCUUUGUGAGAAAGGCUGCCCAGGCCAAGCGCCACGCGGUGGGGCCCGUUGUUGUCCACUGCAGUGCUGGCGUCGGGAGAACGGGCACAUAUAUUGUUCUGGACAGUAUGCUGCAACAGAUUCAACAUGAAGGAACUGUCAACAUAUUUGGCUUCUUAAAACACAUUCGUUCACAAAGAAAUUAUUUGGUGCAAACGGAGGAGCAGUAUGUCUUCAUUCAUGACACACUGGUUGAGGCCAUACUCAGCAAAGAAACAGAGGUGCCGGACAGCCACAUUCAUUCCUAUGUUAAUACACUCCUCAUACCUGGACCAACAGGGAAGACAAAAUUAGAAAAACAGUUCCAGCUUCUGAGCCAGUCCAAUAUUCUUCAGAGCGAUUACUCGGCAGCCCUGAAACAGUGCAACAGGGAGAAGAACAGAGCAUCGUCCAUCAUCCCUGUGGAGAGAUCGAGGGUGGGCAUUUCGUCGCUGAGUGGGGAAGGCACAGACUACAUCAAUGCAUCCUAUAUCAUGGGUUAUUACCAGAGCAAUGAAUUUAUCAUCACCCAGCAUCCCCUUCUGCACACCAUUAAGGACUUCUGGAGGAUGAUAUGGGAUCAUAAUGCCCAGCUGGUGGUGAUGAUUCCAGAUGGUCAAAACAUGGCAGAAGAUGAAUUUGUUUACUGGCCAAAUAAAGACGAGCCCAUCAACUGUGAAAGCUUCAAAGUCACUCUUAUGUCUGAAGAACACAAAUGUCUGUCGAAUGAGGAAAAACUGAUAGUUCAAGACUUCAUCUUAGAAGCGACACAGGAUGAUUAUGUUCUGGAAGUAAGGCAUUUUCAGUGCCCCAAAUGGCCAAACCCGGAUGGUCCCAUUAGUAAAACAUUUGAGCUUAUAAGUAUUAUCAAAGACGAAGCUGCUAACAGGGAUGGACCCAUGAUUGUUCACGAUGAGCAUGGAGGAGUAACAGCAGGAACUUUCUGUGCUCUGACAACACUUAUGCACCAACUAGAAAAAGAAAAUUCCAUGGAUGUUUAUCAAGUAGCCAAGAUGAUCAAUUUAAUGAGGCCGGGAGUCUUCACUGAUAUUGAACAGUAUCAGUUUCUCUACAAAGUGGUCCUCAGCCUCGUCAGCACAAGGCAGGAAGAGAAUCCAUCUGCCUCUCUGGACAGUAAUGGUGCAGCUUUGCCUGAUGGAAAUAUAGCUGAAAGCCUGGAGUCUUUAGUUUAACACCGAAAGGGGACAGGACAACCCAGUCUAAGCAUUGUUCUCAUCUUUCUAAAGUUAGAAAACCUGAGUCAGUUCUGUUGUCUGUUUACUUCCCGUGACGUGAUGGUAACUCAUUCUGCUGCCAAAUUGACACCAUUAACAAUGUGUGCCUUUUUGAAAGACUUCUUGUAAUUCACUUAUUAUGUUGAAACUAAAACGAUUGAAUUUUACAGGGUUUCUAAGAAUUGAAUUAUGGUAUUUUUUUUCCAUAUUGAUUUUAACAGAAAAAUUUCAAUUUAUAGAUGAUAGGAAUCAUCAUCCUUGGAAAACAUUUGUUUCUAAGUGUCAAAUUUUUAGCUGUAUUUGUAGCAGUCAUCAGGUUUGCGAGAAAUGUAACUUUUAAUAUAGUAGAUUGUAAGUCAACCACUUCAUCCCCGAUGUCACCCAACAUUUUACAACUGCAGAAUUCACCUGAAGGAGUGAUCUAAUAACUUAUGUAAAUACUGCUGUGAUGUCUUCAUGGACCAAAUUUAUAUUUAUAAUUGUAGAUUUUUAUAUUUUACUACUGUGUGAGUUUUCUAGUGGUGUACUUGAGGUUAAUGAUGUAGUUUAUUCUCUGGUCUUACUUACUCCACGUGUCUUCUGAAGUUGUACUGUGCUAGCCAAGGCACUAACCUUGUUUCUGCAUGUCAUUUUAACUCUUGUGGGAAAUAGAAAACCACUUGUUUUAAAAGAUGUUUUUAUGGGAAUAACACCUUACCAAAUGUUCCUUGAAUGGUUUUUAUCCAGGAAGUUGCAAAAAUAAAUAUAUUGCCAU